AUGGGCUGGGAGGCGCUAGGACCCAUGCAAGAGGAAAUAAGGGCUUUAGAGCCGAUCGUGGAUGCGGAGAAAAAGCACUUUGGCAUGCGUAAACGUCGUCGAGAUUUAGGACAGGCUCUCAAGACUCUCCGAGAUAAGCUGGAAAUGCGGUUUGGAGGUUCUUUCGACAAGUUGUCGCAGUUGGAAGAUAACAUACGAGAUGCACUCAAACAAGAAAAAAGGGGCGAAUCCAAAAUGGCGAGAGAGGCCGCGACGAAGUUCCAGAGCAACGUAGAACAGAGUGCUGGGAGAAUGCUGGCGAGCACGUACACUACUGAUCUUGAGGCGGAAAAGGGAGUAAAGCAAACGGGAAGAGGCGUGUCGAUUCAGCAGAGAAAUUUGUUGAAGUCGGCGAACAAGGGCAAUCGCGCUAUGGAAAAAGCUGAAGAAAAGUACGAGGAUAUGGACGCCGCCUUGUAUCGACGAUUGGCGAAUAACGAAGCUGAGGCGACUGAUAUAUUGGACGAAAAUGGACAGCGGAACACUGCGUUGCAGCAGUAA